AUGGGUCACAAAUUUAAGAAUUGCCUUGCUGCAAAGAAAAUUCUGGGAGGUUCUAAUGCUGAAAAGAGGUCAUCUGCUGUGAAUAUUAAGGAUGGCAAAGAGGGAAAAACAACCAAAUCUGUUUGGAAAGAAAAUAAGACUAUAGAUUCAGUUAAGGAGAAUGUUUUUUCUGGCUCACUUAUAGUUAGCCAAUCUGAUGAUAUUGCUUGCAAAACUCAUGAUAUUGCAGCAAAGGAAAAUACAACUACCAGCACUGCUUCUAAUGUUGCUUUACUUCAAGAGUGUGCUGAAGAUACACAGAUGGAAGAAGAGCUUAAUAACUCUUUUAUUGAAUAUAGAGAAGCUCAGCUCAAAUUGAUUCGUUUCCAUGCAGACUUUCCACUAGAGAAGCAAGCAAAUGUUCAGUCCAUGGAAUCUUGCUUGCUUGUGCAGAAUUUGGCUUUUCAGCCAACUUCCGUGUCUAAGAGAACUCUGAAUCUGUUUCCAAACAGAAUAUUCAAUCUCAAGGCCUCUAGAGGCAAUCCAGAGGUGGCGGGAGCAGGUGUUGUGGCUAGAAUCGCUGAUUGCGAAGUAGUGGGGGCGAUGUGUGUUGGUCUUGGAGUUAUUUCAAAUUACAUGGCGGAAUUGUAUGGGAUUCUUAUUGGGGUGGAAUGGGCAGUUCAAUUGGGAUAUAGAAACAUCUUGGUUCGUACUGAUUCGUCUAGUGUGAUAUCAUCCUUGGAGGAGGAUAAUGUUCCUUGGUUUGCUCAACAAAGAUGGACUGAUGUAAAAGGCAUGUUUGAUUCUAUUAAGUUUGUGCACACAUACCAUGAGGCAAAUUUUGCAGCUGAUAAGAUGGCAAAGAGCGGGUGUUUAUUGAGCUACGGCGUGAGGCUAAAUUUUGUUGGUCGUCUUGUUCUAUUAAAGUCAAUAGAAUUUCCAAAUGUAUCUUAUUUCCGUUUUAAAUAG